AUGGACGUCCAGCAGAUCCUCCAGGGCGUACGGCCGCUCGUGGGCCAAGUCGUUCCCAUCAGAACUGUGCAGGAGGCACGACCGCGUAUAGAUUUUGGCGAUGCCUAUGUAGUGGAAGUCAAUGUGAAGGUUGCUUCCAAAGUAAUCAAAGCCCUGGACUCGAAAUUCCCCCGCGACUCGUCGCAAUCAACGGGCCACCUCCGACGAUUCGCCAAACAUACCCAAUUGCCAGAGACGUUGCGAUCCCACCUCAUCAAAGGCGAGCCCUCCCCACAGACGAUCUUCGCCUUGAUUAUGCCCCCUUUACCCGACGUCGACGAGCUCCGGAAAGUCCUUGCGCCGUUUGUUCCUGUCCCUCCCGCUCCAGACGCCGAGAACCCCUCGUCCUCCGGGCCGUCCGUCGCACCCGAAGACAUCACCCUCCACACGAUCCAAGUCCCGCUUCUGCCGCCUCUGAACAUCCCGCAGGCUGACAACUGGUCCGCCACCUACUGGCCGGUCGUCUUCAACCCCGCCGCUCCCAAGGCCAACAUUGCCCCGCCGCCGCAGAUCCUGAGUCGCACUCGCGAAUCCAUCCAGCCCAAAGCCGGACACUACCUGGCCCUGGCGUCCCGCGUAGCGGAUGAAGCGGAACAAUCGGGGCGCGGGCGCCGCGUCGGCGCCGUGGUCGUGGAUUCAGAGCUGGAAUCUCAAAUCGAGGCCACCGGCGACGAGGCGGAUUCAACCCGCUGGGCAGAUGCGGUUGUAGCAGUCGCCGGUGACGCGCGGUAUUCUCGCCGAGAAGCCGGCGCGAUGUCGCAGUCGGAACUACAUCCAGGAGGAGGCCCCAACCCUGCCGGGGAGACGUACAACGCGGACCUAGAGGGCGGGCCGGAAUUGCACGCGCUGAUGCGCGCGGUCGAUUUGAUUGCCAGCGUGCGCCGCCAGGCGGACCCAGAGGAGAAGAAACCGCAUCUCAACCCGCUAGAGGCAUAUUUCCUCUCCCAGUCAGAGGGCUUCUCCGAAGAAGUCUCGGAUGACUCGCGCGAACAUUCCCCUGUCGCAGAGAAGUACCAGAAGACCGAGACGGACGCCAUCCCCAAGCCCUCGUCAUCGAGUCACAGCAAGCCUGCUCCCCGUAUCCGCACGCGCGAACACGGCGGCUACCUUUGUACGGACCUGGAUGUGUACCUGACCCACGAGCCGUGUCUCUGCUGCUCCAUGGGCCUGCUUCUUUCGCGCUUCCGAUCCGUGACGUACCCUCGCCCCGGGCGCAUGAUGACCGGAGGACUGGCCUCGGAGCCUGUUAUUGCUCCAACGGCGGACACGGUAGAGACAGAGCAGCCUUCUUCAACGGACGACGUGCCCACUGAAGCAUCAGAUGCCGCUGCGACGUCACCACCGACCCGAGAAUACUACGGCCUGCACUGGCGCAAGGAACUGAACUGGCGGGCAUUAGGAUUCGAGUUCCUCGAAGACGGGGCCACAGAGUCCGAGCAACGAGUCGAAAAGGUCGAUUUCCAUGCAUAA